AUAGCAAAACAUAAAAUAACAACUAGAAUUAAGGCAUUCGCUUUUACUCUAAGCUGGAAACUGUCUUAGACAAGAGAGAGGGAAAAUAAGAAGAUGCCGAUUUCCAACAUUGCCAUCGGAAAUUCUUCGGAAUUCCGCCAAGCCGAUGCGCUUAAGGCUGCCCUUGCUGAGUUCAUCUCAAUGCUCAUCUUUGUUUUUGCUGGAGAAGGCUGUGGCAUGGCUUAUAAUAAAUUAACAAACAAUGGUUCAGCAACAGCAUCUGGGUUAGUAGCAGCGUCUUUGUCACAUGCCUUUGCACUUUUUGUGGCGGUCUCUGUUGGUGCUAACAUUUCUGGAGGUCAUGUCAACCCUGCUGUCACAUUCGGUGCCUUUGUUGGUGGCCACAUUACUCUCUUUAGAAGCAUUUUGUACUGGAUUGCUCAGUUGCUUGGCUCUGUGGUUGCAUGCUUGCUCCUUAAAUUUGCCACUGGAGGAUUGGAAACAUCUGCAUUUGCACUGUCCUCUGGGGUGGGUGCUGCCAAUGCACUAGUGUUCGAGAUCGUGAUGACUUUUGGUUUGGUUUACACUGUGUAUGCAACUGCAGUGGACCCAAAGAAGGGUGACCUUGGGAUUAUUGCUCCAAUUGCAAUUGGUUUCAUAGUUGGUGCUAACAUCUUGGCCGGUGGUGCAUUUGAUGGUGCAUCCAUGAACCCUGCUGUUUCUUUUGGGCCUGCUGUUGUAAGCUGGACAUGGGCUAAUCACUGGGUCUAUUGGGUCGGCCCAUUCAUUGGUUCUGCUAUUGCUGCUCUUAUCUACCAAUUUUUCUUCAUUAGCCCAAAUACUUAUCAACAGCUCCCCACCACUGAUUAUUAGAGCUAAUUUUAAACAAACUCCUCACUUUUUCAAUUGAAAGUGGGUUGGGUUUUUCUAGCUUCGUUUGUAGUCUAUGUUCUAUGUUUAUUAUCUUCAAUUUGCUUCAUUGUUAGUUUUAAAUGUUGAUUUCCGUGAAUUUUGUUCAGUUUUGUAACAUCUCUUUUUAAAUGUGUUCAUUUCUUCUU